AUGGCCCCUGCGCGCUUUGAGUAUGCGACCAUUUCGUGGUCCUCGGUGGACGCUCUUACCAGCCCUGAUCUUUGGACGCAAUGGGCUCUGAACGCCGAGUUCAGGGCUUUGCCUCCCACUCAAGAGAUGAGACACAGGUACUUGAACUACAGCCGCAAUCAUGCUGUGCUGGUGCGGCCCACAUCGCCUCAGGACGGGCAAUUGCUGUUCAAAUUUGAGUGGGACAAGGUCAAGCUGAGCUUGCGAGUCACUUCUGCAAUGUCGGGCGAGUUCGUGUGCACCGCAUUGGACGCUUUCGUUGGGCUAUGUGAUAGGAUGCAAGAGGAGGCUGACCGCAUGCGCUUGGGAUGUUGCCAAGUCCUAUGCAUUGUGAACAAGAAGCACUUGGACCCAGAGCUACGCAAACAGACCUUGGAACACAUCUUUGGACAUGCGGCUUUGGAGCUCGAGCAGAUUGCGGAGGGUGCGAUCGGAACCACAUACAUUACCGAUGAAGACAUUACCGAUGAAGCGGAAGAGCCAAGUUCUGAAGAAGCCUGCCAGCGGACUGAAGCGCCCUGCGGGUCGCACCUGAGUCGCAUGACACGGGAGA